GUGCCGUUUUAAGUAUCGCGCGAUUUUCGUAUUCAAGUACGCAUGCGAGCAAUGCAUGCGCCGCGAACGCGUGUGAUUCAAUGUGAGUGCUUCGAAGGACCACUGAGAGGAAGAGGAUGCUCAGGAGGAGCAUCGGGCGCCGGCGGAGCAACUUUACGAUAAAUUUUGGUGUCGUGCUUCCAAUCAUUAUAUUCGUUUCGUCGUAAUUUCGUAAUAUUAAAUGAGUGUCGGGAGUGUCGUUAAUGCCGGGAGUGCCGUAAUAGUUUCGCGCGAGUACGAAACGCCGUUCUAGCGAAUCGUAAGACGAACGCAUUUCACCAAAUGAUUAAUAUUGGGACACGAUUAAGGGAUUUUUUUCUUCUUUAUUUUGGGCUUGGCUUUGGGGGAUAACUAUUUGCACCUUAUCUUCUUUGAACUUACCUUUUAUCUUCCGUUUUGAAAGAUUCGUGCCCCAAUUGGAAAAUGCGGUCGUCUAAAACGCGGACGGAAUUCGCGCGUAACGUUGCAAGUUGUACAGUUCGGUUCGAUUCGCCUGCGACGUCGGGAGUGUCGUUUAAAGAAUCGCGCGAUUUUCGUAUUCGGACACGCUCGCGAGCAAUGCGAGCAUUAUCGCGGACGCGUGUGAGUGCCAUGAAGAAGCAGGAGGCCCAGGGGGCAUCGGGCGACGUCGAAGCAACAUUGUGAAUACUAAUUGAGCUAUUAACAUGGGAGAUAGAGAGGAUGCCGGUAUGAGGAUGUUUCAUGCAACGGCAAUAAGAAGCGACCGGUCGAUUAUACUCGCAAGCGGCAUUUAUCUUCCCAGGGAUCGAUAAAAGGGAUCUCCUGUCAGGAUUUGGAAGUGACGUAGUCGUGCCGGGUCUCCCUGCUUGAUGGCCGUUGUGGUGCAAUCAGCCCAAAUAAGGGCCAGGAGAGAGCGAGGCGGCGGGAAGCCGAUGUCACGCCGCGGGAUACACUGGCGUCCCGCAGUUCUUAAAGGCGAAAUUCACCGACAACCACGACGGCGGGGUGUACGUGUCAAAGUAGUUGACGAGCCCUCGUUGUCUCGUCCCGACCAUCGCCCGGCCAGCCAACCCCUUGGAGAGAGUUCGGAGCUCUCCAAGCGUCAUCCCCUUUCGAACCCGGGAGCUGAAAAAUGGCGACCGAUGGCCAUAUCGAAUCCGUCCACCAAGUUGCGAAUGGCAAGAUCGAUGCCCCAUUGGGUCAUGCAGCAGCAGCAACAACGGGAAGCGGAGCAGCAGCAACGCCGGCCCCCGUCGCCGCCGAAAAUCCCACCACCGUCACUCUCCGGAGAUUGUGGUGACCCCGACUACGAGAUUAUCGAGUUCCCGACCCGACCGCAAGCCCAGAAAUCCUCCCCGACGCCUGCCAAGUCGAGCGCCGGUAAGUGCGCCCUGUGCGGCACCGAGAAUCUCUUCGCGCGAUGCGACACGUGCAACGCCAACUUCUGCGAGGCCUGCGACGACAUGAACCACAAGCACCCGAAGCGGAAGGGUCACGUCCGCAGGAGGAUCCUGACCGAUCAAGCUUGCCGAAGCCGACCGCCGCUCCCGCCGAAGGGCGAGAACCUGUUGAAUCCACCGCCGAUCCCGCCGCCGCGCAGAAAUCGCAAAACCACUCAGGCUAAGUCAGCGCUAGCCAAAGGAUCUGCGCAUCUCCCUUUGCUCGACAAAGUCGGAACCUUGAAGCACAACUUUUGCAAUGCAAGACCAGGGUCCUCGUCGUUGGACCCGGGUGCGAGAGUGUCGAAGUCUACGAAUACUUUGAACACAUCUUCCAACGAUGCUUCUGGAACGGAUAAAAUGACCACGCUUCAGGAGAGAUACAGAAAAUAUCAGGAAGCGAUGAGAGCCCAAGACGCGAACAGACGAAGACAUCCGUCUACCGACACCUCGAGGGACACUUUGAGCGGAAGACCGCUCAGCGUAGGUAGUCCGAAAUCAGCACCACCGCUUCCACCUCCGCCACCACCUAGAGCCAUGAUACAAUCAGCCAGCGUUUGCGACUUGUCCGCCGCUCACAUGUGGAAUCCGGGAAUGCAUCAGGCCCAAUCGAUGGCACAUUUGGGGCCCGGAGGUGUGCCGAUGAUGUGGUAUCCGCCGGCUAACUCCGGCUGGGACAUGUCGAUGGGAGGCUCCACCGUGAGUCUGCAUCACCCGAACAUGUGGGGAUAUCCUAUGGGCUAUCCGUCAGCGCAGAUGCUGCCCCCGCAUUACCCGGGAUCUCUUUCUAGAGCGCACAGUCCAGCUCGGAGCGUGAAAUCCAGCAGAAGAUCGAGGGCGCCGUCACCAUCUCCCAGUCUGAAGUCCAAAAAGUCGUACGCGUCGCGAUCACGAUCGAGGCGAUCGCCCGGGUCGCCGUCGGACGCGAGUUCGGAGAACUCCGAUGAGUCCGACGUAGAUGACAGACUCUCCCGCGGGUCCAGAAGCAGACGCGGCAGCGUGCCCAGAAGCAUACGGCAACGAAGCUACCACGACGACGAUGCACGAAGUAUCGCGUCUAGAAGCCGACGGGAAAGAUUGAUAUCCGAGGAGAGAAUGAUGAGUGGCGAGGAUCAAUGGUCCGAGAGUCAAUCUAGCAAACGAUACUCGACGCCGUCGAGAAGCUACGAUGAUUAUCAGAAGAGCAACACCGUCGCCUCGGGACGUCGUUACAAUCAGGACGAUCGCUCGGCUGCCAAGACGGAUCCUCGGCUGGAUCGCGUGCAGAACGGGACCUAUCGCGACCGUCAAAGACGAAGCACCGACGAGGAGUCUUCCGAUCGAAAAGUAAACGCGCCUGGACGAACGCGCGUGACGAGUUCAUCCGACGAUCAUUUUGAGCGAGUGGAGAACGCUUUAAAGAGGGCCUCGUCCCUUCGAAGGGACAUAAUGCUGGACGAUCUAGAGCGCUCUUCUACACGUCGCGAUUCUCGCAGAUCAUCCUUCGAAAGCGACGGUCAAGUGAGAAAGACGCCUUCUCGGGAUGUGACAUCGCCGAGAAGAACGUCGGAAGAGCGAGCGCGUCUUCUGGAAAGACAAUCUUCCCAAGGUGGACAUUCAGAUCGCACGAACAAGGACGAGAUCGAAUCGCGCUCGACGAGGAGGGAACAGCAGAUCCGCGACAUCUCGCGAGAUCGCGAGCUCCUCGCGAGAAGAGAUUCGUUCCAGCGAAAGGAUACUCCCGAUGACGUAGACAGGAUCUCCGCCAAACGAAGUUCCGGCAGAUCCUCCCUUGAAUCCGACAAUCAGAGUCUCAAAAAGACACCUUCCAAGGAGACACCGACGAGAAAACACGAGGACGGCAAAGAUUGGAAUUUACCUAGAAUCAACGAUCUUCAAAUUACCAAUCGUCAGCGAUCGAUCGAGAGAAGUCAGCAGGUGAAAGAUUCUAUACGAACGGCUGAAGCUCAGCAGAAGAGACAAGAGAGCGGCGAUACGAAGCAGCAGCAGCAGCAGCAGCAGCAGCAGCAGACGCGAAGAUCUCAGCCUCGAGAGGAUCCAGCGAAGACAGAGAUGAUCGAAAGUCACUCGAAAGUCACCAAUGUGGCAUCGAAAAAAACCGUAUCUAACGAGGCGGCGGGUUCGAUGGAAAUUCCGAAGGAAGAAUGGGCCUGCGAGCACUGCACGUUCAUCAACAAGAUCAACGAUCGCGUGUGCGUGGUCUGCUGCAAGACGAGGAGCAGCGCGCUGCCGCCGAGCACCUUGGAAGACGAUCCCUCGGAGGCCGAUCAAGCCGAAGCGCAAGCGCCGAAGAAUGAAACUCCGAGCAGCGUCGGCAAUCCCAGUCCCGAUCUUGAGAAGCGAGCCAAUCUUCCGAAGAUCUCGAACAGCGAAGAGAGCGGCGACAGCGGAUCCGUCAAGAACAAAGAUGCGAUCGCUCCAGACAAUGAUCCUCCCGUAGAAAGCUCUGAGAUUACGGCUGUAGUUCCGCAAACGAGAGAAGUGUCGUCGGAAUUGGCAGCCGCGACAUCACCAGUUGAUGAGAAAUUAUCGUUAGAAGCAGCAUCCUCGACGUUAACGUCUUCUUCGACUGCGAAUACCUCCCAGACAGACACGAGCACCGCGUCACAGGGGGAAAAAACUCGAAGGAAGCUUUUAAAGAGCCAUUCGGUAUCCACGGGAACGUCUCCUCCGCCGCAAAGUAUCUCGACUCAAACGUACGAUUAUCUGCCUGCGAAAGGGACUCUAGGAAGGUCCGCGUCGGUGGCGACGUCAAAGAGCUAUUUAUAUUACGACGACAGCGACGGAGAGGCGGAGCGUCUGUUCCAGGAGCAGAGCGGAUUCGCGAAUAGUCCCGAUCUGUACCCGCGGGCGCUCCAGGAACAGUAUCUUCAGCAGCUGAUAACCGGUCAGCGGAGCCGAGAGCGGACCCGAAGAAACUCCAUCGAUUCGUCCCACCUCUAUUAUCGUUCCAGGGAGCCCAGCCAGCCGCGAUACGUGGAGGCAGGCUCCAGUUCCGGCCAGCAAGGAGUCUCCACGCUGACGCGACAGGGAUUGGAAAUAGUGGAGCUUUUGCGGGAAGCCGAGAAGCAGGGAUUCACGACCGACGACGUUCAAGUCGCACUGGCGCAGGGCGCGACGAAUCCGAUCGAGUGGCUGCAGACGCAGUGGCCGCAUCUGGUGGAUACGGUGCGGGUCCUGGCGAUCACGCAGGGCAAGGAGCUGAGGGAGAACAGCGUCGGCAUCAUCUCGCCGGCCGAAGCGAAAGAGGCUCUACGAUCGGUCAAAGGUGAUAUGUGGAACGCCGUCGCGGCGGCCGUCCAGCGCAGACAGCAGAAAUGCGAACAAAUCAUGGCGAAAGGGAAUUUCACGCUCGCGGACGUUGUCAGAGCCCUCGAUAAUAAUGCCGGCGUCGAGGACGCCGCUUUGCUCGAGCUGCAGAAAAAUCAGCUCAAGCCCUUUUUAAUGAGGAUCUGGGGUCCUCCGGUCGGGGUGGAAAACGACGAGGCUGCACCGCACGAAGAUGCAGCGGGUGCGGUCGGCGGUGGGACGGGGGUUUACGUGGAACAAGUGCCGAAUGUGCCCGACACAGAGGCGCAGAAGCAGGUAAUGUCACCAAUUGUUGAUCAUUUCGUGGCGUUGCAGGCCGACUUUCAAAAGCAACUGGCGGCCCUCAGAGAACUGACCGAUAACUGGCGACUCGAGAAAGAUCCCCCGAACAAACUGGGUAAUAAUAAGUCUGAUAAUCUGUACGACCGCUCUGACGAUGGUAGCACUGUUCUAAUCGAUGCAAAUCUGGUCCCAAGGGCCGUACAACAAGCGCCCGACGUAGCGGGCGAUCUUGUUACGCGGCAGGCAACCGUAGAUUCGCGGGAAGAGUACUCAUUGAACGCUACGAAACCGCUCGAAGACCAGAAGGUAGAUGCCGCGUCGCCCGUCGAAAUUCCCGCAACAACCGCAGUCGAUGAUACCGCGAGAAAAAACGCAACGGACUCACUUGCGCCCGAUUCUUCGAAAAGUGACGAUAUCGGCCGUUCCGUUGGAGAAACAUCGACGACCGAUGGGGACAAAGCUGUCGCACGAGUCACCGAAUCCGAUCUGCCGAAACUCGACGGAAGCGCGAGCAACGAUACUCGGAUAAAACCAAUCGCGGAGUCGCGCGAAGAAGAGAAGAAGGAAACGCGUGCGGACGCGUUAUUGAUUAAUGAGACUACAGUAGCAGGCGGCGUCGCGAACGCACCGUUGCCGGAAGAAGAACAGGAAAGGUUAUCGCCGAAUAGUGCCGUGGGUGAAGCAUCCUCGUCGCCCGAAGCUUCUGCGCUCGACACAAUGAGCACGGAACCAGGUCAGUCCUCUCUACCGCGCCAGAAGACUUUGAGCACUCCUGAAUUGCCUAAUACGGCGGGAGGGAGCGCCGCGACGGGGAACAACAAGACACUCGUGGAAGUUGGGAAGUCUACGGAAUUCAACGGAGCACUUCGGAUCUCUUUCGCGGACUCGAGUGCUCCCGGGCAGGUCGAUAUAUCGCAGCAGCAGACGUCGUCGCGGAGCGAGUCCUCGAUCGUGGCUACGGCGGGAACGAAUGCAUCGGAAAAGGACCCUCCUGUGUCUGAUCAGCAUGUUUUAGAGGAGAUUCCCAGACAGGACGAGACGCGCGUCGUGGCGGUGGAAGCUCUGCUGUCCGCCGUGAAAUCGCUGCCGGAGCAGUUUCUGACACCCUUCAUAACGGCGAUGCAAAUGCUGUCGCCGAAAAAGCCGGGGGAAGGCGGAGACGCCGGCGUAACUUCUGACGUUCAACUCAUGAACCGAUUAAAUACUUUGCACAGCGCGAAGACCGAAGACUUAAAUGGCACUCCUGAGGCUGAAAUAAUCGACACGGCGGACGAUAUUAACGAGGAGAAGCUUAUUUCGGCGACAAUGCCUGAAGACAAACUUCAAGCAUCGCAAUUGCGGGGGAAAACUGAUGAACGCGAGAAGAGCCCCGAAAAAUCGAGAAGCAGCAAGACAAUCGAUAAGGAAAUUACGAAAUCUAAGGUCCCGCGGUCUCGAAUGGCAAAGUCCCGGUCGAGCGUUCCGGAUAUUAAGCAACAGCACUGGGAUGUCAGAUCGGUACGUACAGACACGGAUGUGCCUAACAUUUCGCAGACUAACAUCGCAACGGAUCUGACACCCGAAACGUUUUCGGAUUCGGUGGACUUAAAGUUAAGAGACAGAGACGCUUCCGAAGAGACGCUGACUGCGAAUGAAGCGGUCACGUCAGUCGUCGAGGUAGCUGCGCCAACGGCCGAGACGUCGCAAGCGGGCAUCGUGAGAGGAAUACGUUCACGUAAGAAUUCUUUAGAAAUAGCUGGGACGCCUGCGGAAAAUAAUAUUGAAGAAAAAUCUGCCGUGGGCGAAAGCGUGUCGGCGGAAAGAUCAGUUGGAGAAGCGCCCGCAGGUGAAUCAUCGAGUUCUCAUGCGCAAUCGUUAACAGCAUCCCCAACGUGUAAUCAAUUUGUCACCCGGGAGUCUGUCGAGCACGCAAUCGCAUCCGACGAUACGCUGACCGACGCGUCAUCAUUAUCAUCAUCAAAGGAAGCGGAGAACACUUCCGUCGCGUCGAACGAGAGGCUUUUCGCUGAUAACGCAGUCAUUGAUUCGUCUCAAAGUAAAAUCUCAUCCGCUUCUGUUAAUGAUUCUAACGCGGAAAAAUCUCAGACGCAAUCGAUAAUCGACACGAACAUCUCACAAGUAAAUCCGAUCGUUCACGAUUCUCACGCUGAUCAUUCGCCCAUUUGCGAAACGAUAAUAAACGCGACUAAUGAGCAAUCCGCGACAAACGAUAUUAACAAACAAGAUAAGGGACAAUUAAACGAUUCGCCUCACGUUGCACCGCUCUCGUCGACUUUACCUUUCGCAAAAAUUCCCCCGUCUAUCGAAGUAUUCGAUAAUCUGGAAACGACGUCGCGUCAUGAUAAAACUGAUACAAAGCCAAUUGUUGCGAAAAAUGCGGUGCACGUUUCAGAAAAAGUAGAACAGACAAUUUCGGUCACAUAUCACACUCCCGUGAACGACGAUAAAAAUGAAACUACGUUGAAAGAAAACGUGCCCGUUGAGCAAAACGCGACCAAUGAUUUAUCCAUUACUCGAUUACAAAUCGAUGAAAGUAUCCCACUAUUAACAGACUCGCAUACGCUAGCCGUGGCGAAUUUUAAUAAUCUCCACGAUCGAAAACAGGAAAUUAUAUUUGUCUCGGUGAAAUCUGACAGCUCGACGAUAGAACAAACGUCGGACGUUCAAUCUUUAAAGGAUACAGAGGUCGAUAUUAGUCGCGAUGAAUUAUCCACUCCGAUAAAUAAUCAGAGAAUAAUUAUACCUUUAAACGAUCACUUUACACAAGCAGAAACGAUGCAACUUUCCGCGCCAGGGAAUAUCGGUGUCGAUGCUCGCUCCGAAAACAUUUCUCAUCAAAUAUCAAUUACCUCAAAUGAUCCAAAAUUUUCAAAAGACACAGAAAUUUUAAAUAAUAAUAGAACCGAAUCCGUCGAUAUCUCUGAAACUUUAAAACCCAUUCUCGAUGUAGAAUCCAUUGCGAAUACCGAAACUUCCUCCGACGAAAAUACACAUAAUCAAUUAUACGAAUUAACGAAUAACAAUAAUAUCUUGAACGAUGUGCUUCCCCAAUUAUCUGCGGGAGAUUCCCUUGCCGCAAAUUCGAACGGAAACAUUUCGUAUUCUAUCGAGCGCGAUGAAAAACUUUGUUUCAAAGACGAAACUUCUCAACCUCCCAGAGAUCAAGAUACGCGUACAUUAAACUCGGCGGCGGGCAGUAUCUUGCGAGCGCUGAAAAAUUUCAAUAUAUUUUUUACAUCACAGACCGAGAAAAAAGAUACUUCCUUAACAGUCAAUGAAGACUCUUUCGCGGAUCCUAUUACGACGAAUAUCAGCGACGUGACGCCUGGAAUAUCUGAUACCUUUGAAAUAAAGAUAUCGGAAUCGCCCGUAAUAACAGUAAAUGAUUGCGCGCCGAUGAACGAAACCGCAAAUAUCGUCGAACGCGAAUCGGGUCAAAUCAUAGAUGUUGAUGCAAUCAGCAUGGAAAAAGCAAAGCAUAUUGAUUCGGAAAAUGAAAUUUCAGUCGUCGCACGUAACGAAUCAAUUGAACCACCGUUAAAAUUACCGAAUAACGAGUCGAUAAGAAAAGACACAAAACAAGUGAACCAAUUUGGUAGAAGCGUAAUAGCGAAACCUGUCGUCAAACACAGAUCGAAAUCGCCCCUUAAAAAAGUCGUCCGAAGAAAAUCGCCCGUUAAAAUAAUAAGAAAAUCAGCCGGCGUGCCAUGGAAAAAUUUAACGCAGAAAAGUGCAAGCCCGAAUAAUACAACUGUCACAAAAGCGAAGGCAACAGCUAAUGAAAUUACUAAAAAUUCGAAUCGUGCAACACAGAAUAACGAAUUGCGAACUAAAGAAUCCUUAAAGUCCGUGAGUUAUAAGACAAAUAGUAAAGCUAAAGCAACCACAAAAACACCAGAUAAGUCUAUUAAGCCGUUAAAUAAUAUUAAUGUGCAAAAAACUGCAGGAGAUAUUAAAAUAAAUGAUUGUAAAAGAAUUUCUACGUCUGAUAAAGAAAAAGUACCGAUAAUUAAUAAUGCUACUAGUGCCGAAUCGCAAAUUAAAUCAGGAAGUUCGGAGAAUAAAAAAUUUACAAAUUCUAAAAAUAAGAAAAUUGAAGAUGUCCAAAAAGAAAAAUCAAAAAUUUUAAAAACAACAGCAAUAAAAGCUUCUGAAAAUAAAAAAGAAAUUAAACAAACUACAAUUUGCGAAACUAAAAUCUGGAAAGACGAUAAAAUGUCAGUGAAAACACUUUCGACGGAAAAAAAUAAAGAUAAUUCAAAACCUAAAUCGUCUUCACCGUCAAAAAUACCCGUUUUAAUGCACCGAAGAAUCGCGCAAUCGGCAGAUACUAUCUCACCGAAUUCUUCUAAAUUGAGUGAUACGUCAUCGUUAAAGAGUAUAUCAACCAAAUUGCCAAUAGCGUCGCAAGGAGUCUCGAAAUUAGCUUUAAAAAUUCAUGGGAAUGCUAACGUAUCGAACCUACCAACCAUGCGGAAAAUCAAUUCCAAAGAGAAUUUGAAAGCGAAUCAAAUUAAAUCUAGUAAUACAAGGGCGAUUGAAAUUACAGAAAAUGCGAAAGACAAGCAAAUCUUCGAGGAGAAUCAUACUAAAGAAAGCACGGUGGAACGAGGCGAGGAGCUUCCGAAAGUUAAGUCAACGGAAUCGGAAUCGACAUUAAACGAGAAUUCACAAGCGCCGAGCUCGACGCAUAACGACCCGUUCGCGAAUCUUAGCGAACAAUUGGAAGUCGAAAACGCAAUCGAGGAAAGCUCCGAUGCUUUCAGUUCCGAUUCCGAGUACUCCGGAGAAGGCGAAGACACAGAAACGGCGAAGUAUGUUUCUGACCAUAAUUCGGAAUACAACUCCGUCGAGGAGUUCACGGAUGCGGAAUUGUUGUUAGAGAAAACGCUAAAUGAGAUAAGGUCUGAAAUAUCGGAUUCUGAGGAGGAGCAGACGAGCGAGUCCGAAGAAAGCGAGGAUGUUACUUAUUCAUACGAGACAGAGAGCUACGAUCGUGGUUCCAUAUCGUUCGAAGGUUCGGAAGGUUCGGAAGGUUCGGAAGGUUCGAUUCGAGAAGAUGAACGGGAGAUUAAGUCAAGUGAACUCGAAGAUUCGGAGGAAGAAGGCAUGUACGAAGAAUUAUCAUCUGAUAAAGAAGAGACGAGCGAACAAGAAAUCUCGGAACGACAAUUUGAGACGAUCGACGAAGAAGUCGACAAUGCGGCGCGUAACGAAGUAAAUGACACUGAAAUCAAUAUUUCGAACAAAACGGAAAGCAUAAGUUUCGAAGUUACACAAGAAGAUGGCGGAGAUAAUUUGAAACCAUUGAAGGAAGCUGUCGUGGCAAUGACAGAAUUAAGUCAGGCGGAAAUAACCGCCGAGAUCAAUGAAGAACUAUCAGAAGCGUCUCGGCAUCUCGGGACUUCAGAUUCGAAUAUCAUUAUAACAGAUUUGGCGAUAGCGUCUUCGGCAGAAGUCGAGGAAAGUACAGAAUCUAUGGAGGAUAUUCAGUCGAAAGCGCACGAUUCGAAGGAGAAUGAAACGAACCUGGAAAGUGCAAACAAAAUCCAAGAGAAAGAUCAGCCAGCAACGCGGAACGAUUUGACAAAGACGUGGAAAGUUGCGAGCGCGAAGCGCGCGAAGAUAGGCCGAAGGGCGAGCACGGGUAGUAAAGAGGUGAAAUUCGAGAGGGACGACACGUUGAAAGGGGUGGAUCGGGCGAGAGCGCCCAGGAAACGAUUUUCCCUCGUAGCCAGUUGCAUCCGUCGGUUCGAGGGCCAGGAAAAUACCGAUAGGGCGCACGUGGAAAGCAUCAUUCGCAAGGGACCAGAAUCCCCCAAAGCGGAGCGGGAGAGAAUAGCGCGUCGCCUCUUGGCGGAGGGUCGAGCUGCGAAUUACGAUGAAGCCGAGGUCGCCGCCAGUUUGCUAACCCUCAAGUUCGGUGACGCCGAGGCACUCCAGGCCGCGAAAGAAUGUUCCAGCGUGGAAUCGGCGCUGGCCUUCCUGCAGCAGGAGUGCGAGCUGUGCACCGGUCGUUUCGCAAUGAGUCAAAUGGUGUCCAUGCUCAAGUGCGUGCAUCGCUGCUGCAACGAUUGCGCGAAGAAUUAUUUCACCAUUCAGAUCAGCGACAGGAAUAUCACGGACGCCGUUUGUCCGUACUGCAAGGAACCUAAUCUCAAGGACGCGACCGAGGACGACGUUCUCGAGUAUUUCAGCAAUUUAGACAUUCAGCUGAAGACCCUGCUGGACCCGCCGAUCCACGAACUCUUCCAAAGGAAGCUCAGGGACCGGACUCUGAUGCAAGACCCGAAUUUUAAAUGGUGCAUUCAGUGCUCGAGCGGAUUUUACGCCGAUCCCGAUCAAAAGCGUUUAAUCUGUCCCGAUUGUCGAUCUGUCACUUGCGCCUUUUGUCGAAGACCGUGGGAGAAACAACAUGAGGGAAUCUCGUGCGAAAAGUUUGCCGCUUGGAAGGACGAGAAUGAUCCUGACAAUCAAGCCGCAGGUUUGGCCAAACAUUUGGCCGAUAAUGGCAUCGAUUGUCCCAAGUGCAAGUUCCGUUACUCUCUAUCUCGAGGAGGUUGCAUGCAUUUCACGUGCAGCCAGUGUAAAUAUGAGUUUUGCUGCGGUUGCGGCAAGGCCUUCAUGAUGGGAGCGAAGUGCACGGUUAGCCCUUAUUGCGCCAAACUAGGCCUGCAUGCCCAUCACCCGCGCAAUUGUUUCUUCUACCUUCGUGACAAGGAACCCGCACAGCUGCAGCAAUUACUCCGAGAAAAUGGCAUCGAUUACGACAUCGAAGGUCCGAUCGGAGAACGCAAGUGCAAAGUGCAACUGCAGAAAGAAACGCCGACCGGAGUCGUGGACGCUGUGUGCAAUUCUGAUGUCGUCGAAGGUCACGCUGGCCUGUGCAGGCAGCACUACAUUGAGUACUUGGCGGGCCUGGUGCUCAAGGGCCGGCUGGAUCCCGUGACGAUCUUUGACUUGAACGACGCGAAGCAAGAGUUGCGCCGACGGGGAAAAGUUCCCCCUGCGAAGGACCAGGAAAUGUCCGAGCGGGAUUAUCUCGAGGCGUGCAUUCAGGUCGUAAAGCAGGAGAUUCCAUUGGAGUGACUGUGGAAUGGUAUUUCGGAAAAAAACGCGCGUGCACCCGAAGUCAUAAGUGAUAAGAGCGUAUUGUAUAGUGUAUUUAUUUUAUUUGUAUGGACUAUAAACGCUAAGUGGAAAUAAUAUAAAAUUAUAGAAUAGAUGAAAGAGUGAAAGUGUAGAGCCAUAGAACGACACCGACAUCACUUUGUCACGAAGCUAAAAAUUCAUUUAUUUUUUAACAUAACGUAAUGCAAAAUGUAUACGUUAAUUCAGCGAUGUUUUAUUUGUGACAAAAAUAUCACAAGACAGAAUAGUGUUCAUCCACAUAUGUAUCCCGUUGACAAUCAAAGAUUUACAAUAAUCAAAUGUUCUUUAAUGAUGGAUCAAAUAAUCAUUGUAGUUGUUACAAUUAAUGUUUGAAAAAAGUGUAUUUAUCUGUGCUUUGUAUAAAUAUUUUCCAAGAAAUAGACGGUUCAACCAAGAACAUUACAGUA